AUGGGCAGAUGCUUUGAGCACCUCAUCAAAGGAGGCAUUCGAUGUGUGUCGACGUGUAUGCCUUCGAUGGCCAGCAUCCGCUAUGAUCGCCUUCACAUGACUGACCUGCCCCUCAAUCGCACUCUCAUGAUCAAAUUUUUGAGAUCAAUGGCGAGGGCGCGCAUUAUCGUCAUGAAGAUUGAAGAACUGGAACAAGUCCUGAGGCAGAAGGCAUCAUUUCUUGAUCCUGACCCAGAAGAACGCAUGAAGAUUGUGUACCAGUACCCCAUGGCGCAAUUCAAGUUUGCCCUGUCCAAGACCACCCAGGUGCGGGAGGCUCUCAAUCCUGUGGCAUUGCCUACUUCGCUUGCCCAAGAGGCCCAAACUGCAGAUGAGCAGAUCAUGGACCACAUGGCCGAGCUGAAUGAGGAGGACUUCGACAAUGCAGCUGACGCAGAUUGGUCACCAGUUCACAGUGAAGCCACCGAGAACAUUCCAGGAAUUGACGAGUGGGAGACCGUCGACGACACUCGCCCCGACAUCGUUCACAACAUCUUUGACCGAGACGACAAUGUCGAGGGUCACACUGAGGUGGACUACGGGGCGGACAAUGAUGAUGGAAUCGAGGUUGUUGAUGAGUUUCCUGAAGCUGUCACUCUCCCGGAGGACGCCAUGGACGUGGACAAGAACGAGGCCGAGACCAAGGACGAUGCCGUUGAGGGCCUGCCUGAAGAGUCCAAGGCGCCUGAGAUUGCGGAGGCCACUGCCGGGGGGGACCCUGUGCCUGAUGACGUUGUUGAGACAAAGGGUGACGUCGAAGAGACCAAGACUGUCAUCGAUGUUGAAGACACUGUCACAGCAGAGGGACCGAAGCUCGCCGGAAGGCCUGCAAACAUUGCUGAACAUGCAUCAUCAUCGGACCAGCCCAAGCCAGAGGCGAAGAAGAUGCCUUUGAGCCAUCACACGGCGAAGGCCCCGGCUGGGAAGAUCGACGAUGCUGCAAAGACCAAGUUGGAGCAGGCAAAGGAGAGACUUGAAGAUGCAGUGUGGCUUGAUCCCACCGACUUGAACGGCAGGAUCCCAUACAAAAACAUCAAUGCCAACGGCCGUCUCCGUGAAAUCCCAGAAAAAAAGUCAAAGUAUCUCCGGGGGCAUGCACUUGCUGAUGGCCUCCCGUCGCCGGACAUGGACUUCACCAACUUGUCGAUGGACUGGAUGGAGAUCCGCAACCACUUGUGCAACAAGAUCCGCAAUGUCGUCGACUGGGAGAUCCUCGUGGCAUGGAAAAACAGGGUCUAUUUGGGCAAACCCUUGCAGCGGGCUUUUUCAGCCAUGCUGACGAUUGCGAAAGCUGUGCCAUGCAAAAACGGUCUGCAAGAAGCAGCAUGUCUUUUCCUGCCAUGA